UACAAGGGUGAAGGAACAGAAGGUGUGGUGCUCAGAGCUUGCUGGGGAGUCUGUGGUUUGAUUGUUCUCAAGUUUCUGCCUCGAAGAGAAAACGACAGGAAAAUCUCCACUUCUAAAGUAAAAAAAAACAAUCAUUAAAAGUUUAAACACCCCAAAACAAAACGAAAUAAAACUAAGUGAAAUAGGGGACGAAUUUUAGCAUAAAUCUCCUUUUAACAGCAGCUCAAGGAAAGCCAAAAAAAAAACCCCAACUAAAAAGGAACAAAACAAAACAAUCAGGUUAGAGAUUAGCGUCAUUUUCAGGGCAUUUUUUACGUGCGGAAAGUUGAAAAAGAAUACCAGUCACACAGAAACGAGUCACCGACCGAGGCAGAACUUGAGGACGCGGCAGAUUACACCAAGACAGUGAAGAUGGCCCCUCAAAUAAUGUCGGCGGUCCUGCUCUCCCUGAUGGCAGUGUCCACCCACGGCUUCUCAACAGGCGCUCAAAACAACAACACGAACCCCAUGAGCGCAUUCUCCUCCUCAUGUGCAUCGGGAAACUUUAGGCCGAACCACAAGCCCUUCAUGCCGCAAGUCACAUACCCUAACUACACGAUCACCGUGAGCUCUCCCAGCGGCAAGAUUUACCGGCCGGGCCAGAUCGUCACAGUGACCAUUGAGAGCGUGAACGGUGCGAAGCCUUUCAAAGGAUUUUUCCUGCACGGAGACAGCACCGAGGCCUCGUUCGCCGGAGAGCUCUCCUGUGACAAAGGUCGGUCGACACGACUCUGUACCAUCACUGGCGUGACUCACGUGGACCCUACUCCCAAACCCAAGGUCGUGUGCAAGUGGACACCGCCAGACUUCGACAUCGGAGUUGUUCAGUUCUCAGGCUACAACAACUUUGUGAGUGCCAUGACGUAUGAGCAAAAAGCUAUUCAGAUGAGAGAACAGAUGAUGAGGCAAUUCCAAUCUGGGCAAGCUGCCGACGUGCUUCGAGGAUUUGGCAAGUCCAGAAUAUUCGGCGGCCAGCAAAACUCCAUGGGAGCUGGUAGAGGCGGUGCUGCGCAAGGUCAGGCGAAUCCAUUUGCUCAAUUGUUUUCUGGAGGUCGACAGUCCAUUGGGCAAGGAGACAAGAACGUUUGGUCAGCUUUCAGAGGUGUCCUGGGCGUCAUCAGGGGCGACAACGCCGGCGGCAGCAACUCCGAGAAGCCAGCUGCUCUCGACACAGGUAGAAUUACUUACUUAUCCAUCCUCAGGUAUGGGUGAGUUACACGGGGUGCCCAUUGGGGAAUCGGGUAAGGUAGCGUCGGGUCAGGUCAGUUUGCUAGCCAGAUUGAGGGUGCAACGCGGCUAUCGUGCCACUAGCCGACCGCGCCCGUUUCUUCGCCUAAAAACCACCAUCCCGAUCCGACCGAUCCCUUCUGUAACGGGCACCACUCAUUGGGAGGGCCGAACACUCAUCCGAUUUUACACAUUUCUUUUGGGUUAUAAGGUAAUAUGAUCCAACAGGACCCCGUGCAAGGAUGGAGGAAUAAAGAGCAGACAGGAAAAAGAUGUGAAGACAACAUAACGGAAUGGACAGGUUUAAAGUUAGGUGAAGCCCUUUGAAAGGCUUGAAAUAGAGAACAUUGGAGAAAAGUGGUUGCCCUAUCAUCCGUGGUGCUCCAAUUACGGUCAUCUAGACAAAGGGAUAAGAGACAAGAUAGA